AUGGACCCGGUGUUAAUCAUAGACUUUGUGAAGGUGCCCGGUAGCGAUAAAUGCCAGUAUGAGCUAAAUAAGCCGGGCCUGGACGGCAUACUGGCCAAAGUUGAGAACAGGCGGGUGGCCCUCGUAGUUGGUGUGGGAAAGGCAGUGGACGGGUACGACAUGGAUGAGUGUCUGUCCGACACCGUCAUUAUACCCGACCCCAGCGAACCAUUAUAUGGUUUCGAGUGGAAUACAGAGAUGAAUAGUCAGACCACUCGCGGGAUUUGGUUUUCGCAGCCAUUUAUUGUCCACAAAUCCAGUGGCGAAGAGGUGGCCAUCAUUUUGGUGGACACCCAGGGAUUGUAUGACGGAUUCUACGAUGAGAGGGACUGGUCUACCAUUGUAGGCCUGAGUCUACUCAUGUCAUCAACACUUAUAUUCAAUGUAAGCAAAGAUCUCGGAGAGGAUAUCCUCCCGAGAAUACACUCAUUCUUCGACUAUGGACUGCAAGCUCUCAACCAUAUCCGUGAGUCUAUUGAUGGGAACGGGAGGAAACCCUUUCACGAUGUCAUAUUUAUGAUCCGGGACUGGACCCGUCGGGACCCGCCCUACGGACUAGAAGGGGGUCAGAACUACCGGAACGCCAAAUUUGAGAUCAAAGGCCACCAAAGGGCUACAGCUAAACAGUCACGACAAAUGAUUAUUGACAGCUUCGAGAGCUACCAGUGCUUUCUGAUGCCCGGCCCAGGACUGGUAGCCGUGAAUGGCGAGUCCGGGUUUAACGGUAGUGCCAAUCAAUUGAGUGACGAUUUCAACACAAAAGUCGAUGAGUUUUGCAAACAUCUCUUAAAUGCCGACUCAAUUAAAGUCAAAACUAUUAAUGGUAGACCGGUUAGUGGUGGUGAGCUAGCACAGUUUAUCGACGACUGUGUUAAGAUUUUAAAUAGCGACAAAAUGCCCAGGGCCAGUGAUAGUGUUGAGACCAGGCAUAGAGCUACCGAUCUUAAACUUAUUAAUCAAUUAAAGGAUGAGUACGUGAAUGAGAUGGCAAUCCUAUCUCUGGACAAACCAUUCAGUGGUCGGACACAACUCACCGCACAAUCAGACGACUUGAUUGACGGCAUGAAAGCGAAGUUCAGUUUCCAUAAGAAGUUCACUGAUGAACCUGUGGUCCAGGAGCUGACGGCACUGUUAGCUCAAACACUGGACACGGCUUUCCAGUCAAUAUACACCGAGAAUGAGAACCGAAGGCUUACGGCUACCAACGAUAUGAUCACUGAAUUGGUGGACGAGUUUAAGGCGGAUAUCAAUGAACACAUUACUCCCGAUGACUACAUCAGUGAUUAUACUUUCGCCAAAAUAGUGGACACAAAACGGGAACACAUUGUCAAUAGGUUUGACACGUUUUGUGCGGUUGAGUCGCAAUUGUUUGACUCACAUAAGCAAAGGUUAUUGAAUCAAAUCCAAAGCGAGUCCAAUGUUUUCAUCGCUAAUAAUAAUCAACGGAAUCAACAGUUAAUUAGCACUUAUGAAAAGUGUUUGGCAACACUU